AUGCGGUCAGAGAAGUUCUCCACCCAUGUUGCUUUGAUCCCUAAAUUUUUCCUUUCUUUUCUUUCUCGUUUUCUUUUCUUUCUCGUUUUCUUUUCUUUCUCGUUUUCUUUUCUUUUUUGUUUUUCCUUUCCUUUUCUUUUUUGUUUUUCCUUUCCUUUUCUUUUUAGUUUUUCCUUUCCUUUUUUUCUCUUUUCUCUUGUUUUUUCUUUUUUCUCGUGUUUUCUUUCUUUUUUCUUCUAUUUUCUUUUCUUUACUUUCUUUUUCUUCGUGUUUUCUUUCUUUUUUUCUCGUCUUUUCUUUCUUUCUUUUUUUCUCGUCUUUUCUUUCUUUCUUUUUUUCUCGUCUUUUCUUUCUUUCUUUCUUUCUCGUCUUUUCUUUCUUUCUUUCUCGUCUUUUCUUUCUUUUCUUUUCUUUUUUCUCGUCUUUUCUUUCUUUUCUUUUCUUUUUUCUCGUCUUUUCGCUUUCUUUUUUCUUUUGUUUUCCUUUCUUUUUUAUUUUUUUUUCAUUAAUUUGUUAACUUUGCCUCCUCAACAUGGCAGAGUUGCCAUUGUUACUGGUGGAUCGUCAGGUAUUGGUUUCCAUGUAACCAAAACUCUCUGUGAGCUUGGUAUGCAUGUCAUCAUUGUUGAUUACACUGGUUGCACUUCACUCCUUGACAACAAUGCAGCUUCGUCCAACAAGAAAAACCUUGACUUGAGUAUUAAAUCUAUAAAGAAACAGGUUCCAGAUGCUGUUUUGGAAGGUUAUGAAGUGGAUUUGAGUUCCAUGAAGUCGGUGCAUAAAUUUGCACAUGAUUUCAAAUCGCGUCGACUUCCACUUCAUAUUCUUGUCAAUAACGCUGGAGUGAUGCACAUUCCAUACAAAAAGAGUCUUGAUGGAAUUGAGAAACAUAUUGCAAUCAACUUCAUGGGACAUUUUCUUCUGACAAUACUUUUGUUGCCUGUACUCAAUGUCUCUGGUACUAACCAAUUAUUUGCUAGAGUUGUCAAUGUCUCAUCAUCUACCCACCGGGUUGGAAAUAUUGAUCUCACAACAUUUACAUCAAAGGGUGCCAAACCUACUCGAUACUCACCCUAUGCAGCCUAUGCACAGUCGAAGCUGGCUAUCAUUAUGGGUACCUAUGAACUGGCCCGGCGACUGAAGGCAGCUAAGUGUUUCCGUGUGACAGUGAACAGCCUCCACCCAGGAUUGGUAGACUCCAACUUACAUUCCAAGGCAAUUUUUCCAGCUCCACUUUUACGAAGGCUUAUUGGAAGGUUCUACAAGAGCCCUUCUCAAGGGGCCGACACUGUGCUGUAUGUGGCUCUCUCCCCAGACUUAGAGAAACAAAGUGGUGGUUAUUAUGAAAAUUCAAUAAAACACAUAAUCUAUCUAUCUAUCUAUCUAUCUAUCUGUCUAUCUAUCUAUCUGUCCACAUGUCUGAAACCCCUCUAA